GUGUGUGUUGUGCAGAUGCCUGUUCUUCUCAUCAGUACUCCGCUCCACCCCGCACCACCUCACCCCGGCCUGCAAUACCGCCAAGACACAGACGCCACAGGGCAUUACGUUGUCCUGUCCCUUCGCCGCUGCUCCACUCCACCCCUCUUCAGUGUCUCCUUGCCGCCACUCAUGCUCUACACGCUCUUCUUCCUGCUGGUGUUCGCGGCGCGGGUCCGUGGCGUCCCCAUGGAGUACACCGGCGCUCUCACACAGGAAGAAGUCACGCCUUAUUCACACGUGCUUCCCUCACAGUCCCCACCACCAGCCGUACUGCCUCAAGGUGUGCCAUUUGACUCCCUUAUUGAGGCAUCAGUCAAGAGCCUCGGACGGGAGGGGGAGAGCCUGGCCAACACCCUCAUUCAGCUGCUGCGAAGAGCCGCCACCGCCGCUCAAGUGGUGGUGUGCCCCUACCCUUACACGCAGGUCAUCCACGAGUGUUUCUAUAUGCACAAGAAAAAGCUGACCUGGCCACAGGCACGGAGGGUGUGUCAGGGCAUGAGCGGCGAGCUGGCAGAGCCGCGACACAUCUACGCCCUGCAGACCCACAUGGCGGAUGUCUAUGGGCCCGGUUACUUCUGGGUAGGAGCCACCAGAGAGGACGCCGCGGAUAACGAGUGGCGGUGGCUGUCUGGGCGGCCUUUAGACCCCGAGGACUGGCUCUUCCAGCGGCCAGACAACCAGAACGGCGACGAACGUUGCCUUGAGAUGGUCAUGUCCGAUUACCCGAAGGUCUUCAACGACGAGACGUGUGGUCUGGCGCAGCGCUUCAUUUGCCAGUACCGCGCUGAAUGACACUCUCACCUCUGAAUGACGCUCCUCUCACCGCGGGAAUCACGAGGCGCUACAACUCCCUGCGGGGACAUGAGUGGCUGUGCCAUUCUCCGCCUCGCUCGUGUCAUGUAAAUAUUAGGUUUUAUGCGAGAUGCGAAACCCAAAUCCUGCGAAGUUCCAUGAGAGGCAAAAUUCUGGUUACCAAGCUUGUUAAGUCUGGUGAACGCUACAUUUUCCUCGUGUCACGCCCAGACUUCCACCCCUCAGACCCUCCUCCCGCUAUCCUUCCCCUCUCAAUGUUAUAUUCUUGCAGUAUUUUCUCAGUGUCGUAAUAAAGGAAGAUGGUCAGGGAGGAUGGACAAUAUACCGGGUCGCUGUAUUGUUAGCACGCCACCGCAAGAUUCUGUUACAGUGCCGUGGGUCAUUUCUUUUAACCUGUAUCAGAUAGAAAUAGAGAAAGAUUCCUACUCACUACAUCUACACAGCGGUUAAUGCGAGGUACCGGUAACGUAGACAAAGAUGAAUCACAUGACAACUAGGGAGGAAGCUGGACUCAGAUGUCUAUGAAUUCAAAAAUAUUACACUUUAAAUAAAUCAUUGCAUGUGAA